CGCGCGCUCAGCAUGGCGUCAUCGCGGCGCGCCUCGCCGAGCUGCUCUGAAGGCUGGUGGGCGCAGAUGGCGGCGGCGGCGGAGGCGGGCAGUGACGCGGGGCCUGCGCAGGAGCUGCUGGCGGCCUGGAACACCGUGAGCACCGGGCUGGUGCCUCCGGCCGCGCUGGGACUGGCGUCCUCCCGGACUAGCGGUGCCGUUCCUCCAAAAGAGGAGGAGCUCCGGGCGGCGGUGGAGGUGCUCAGGGGCCACGGUCUGCACUCGGUCCUGGAGGAGUGGUUCGUAGAGGUGCUGCAGAACGAUCUGCAGGCCAACAUCUCCCUCGAGUUCUGGAAUGCCAUCUCUCAGCGCGAGAACUGUGCGGACGAACCCCAGUGCCUUCUGUUGCUGCUCGAUGCUUUCGGUCUGCUGGAGAGCCGCCUGGAUCCCUACUUGCGUAGUCUGGAGCUUCUGGAGAAAUGGACUCGCUUGGGCUUGCUGAUGGGCACCGGUGCUCAGGGGCUUCGGGAAAAGGUCCACACCACGUUGCGGGGCGUCCUGUUCUUUUCCACUCCCAGAGCUUUUCAGGAGAUGAUCCAGCGCCUCUAUGGACGCUUUUUGAGAGUUUACAUGCAGAGUAAGAGAAAGGGGGAAGGAGGCACAGACCCCGAACUGGAGGGGGAAUUGGACAGCAGGUAUGCUCGCCGCCGGUACUACCGCCUUCUGCAGAGCCCCCUGUGCGCGGGGUGCGGCAGUGACAAGCAGCAGUGCUGGUGCCGCCAAGCGCUGGAGCAGUUCCACCAGCUCAGCCAGGUCCUGCACAGGCUCAGUCUGCUGGAGCGGGUCAGCGCCGAGGCUGUGACGAGCACCCUGCACCAGGUGACCCGGGAGCGGAUGGAGGACCGUUGUCGGGGCGAGUACGAGCGCUCCUUCCUGCGUGAGUUCCACAAGUGGAUCGAGAGAGUGGUCGGCUGGCUGGGCAAGGUGUUCCUGCAGGAUGGCCCCAGCAGGCCCGCGUCCCCAGAGCCGGGCCCCAUGCUGCGCCGAUGGCGCUGCCACGUGCAGAGGUUCUUCUACCGCAUCUACGCUGGCCUGCGCAUUGAGGAGCUCUUCAGCAUCAUCCGAGACUUCCCAGACUCGAGGCCUGCUGUGGAAGACCUCAAGUACUGCCUGGAGAGGACCGACCAGAGGCCGCAGCUGCUUGUGUCCCUCAGGGCCGCCCUGGAGACGCGGCUGCUCCACCCAGGCGUGAACACGUGUGACAUCAUCACCCUAUACAUCUCCGCCAUCAAGGCACUGCGCGUGCUGGACCCGUCCAUGGUUGUCCUGGAGGUGGCCUGUGAGCCCAUUCGCCGGUACCUGCGGACGCGGGAGGACACGGUGCGGCAGAUUGUGGCGGGGCUGACCGGGGACUCGGAUGGGACGGGGGACCUGGCUGUUGAGCUGUCCAAGACGGACCCUGCGAGCCUGGAGACCGGGCAGGACAGCGAGGAUGACUCUGGCGAGCCGGAGGACUGGGUCCCUGACCCCGUGGACGCAGAUCCAGGGAAGUCCAGCUCUAAGCGGCGCUCCUCGGACAUCAUCAGCCUGCUGGUCAGCAUCUACGGCAGCAAGGACCUCUUCAUCAAUGAGUACCGCUCGCUGCUGGCCGACCGCCUGCUGCACCAGUUCAGCUUCAGCCCCGAGCGGGAAAUCCGUAACGUGGAGCUGCUGAAGCUGCGCUUUGGCGAGGCCCCGAUGCACUUCUGUGAGGUCAUGCUCAAGGACAUGGCGGACUCGCGCCGCAUCAAUGCCAACAUCCGGGAGGAGGACGAGAAGCGGCCCGCCGAGGAGCAGCCGCCUUUUGGAGUCUACGCUGUCAUCCUGUCCAGCGAGUUCUGGCCACCCUUCAAGGAUGAGAAGCUGGAGGUCCCCGAGGACAUCAGGGAGGCCCUGGAGGUCUACUGCCGGAAGUACGAGAAGCUGAAGGUAGGGCCGCGCUGCUGGGAGUCCUCGUCUGUGCUCCGGGACCCGUGUGUGCACCUGCCCGUUUGUGUGUGUGCGCCCUCUGCGCUCUGCUGUGCCUGAUGCUGCUGGCGUGAGUCUUGACCCUGAGCUGCCUCUGCAGCAUCCACCUGCCUGUUCUCAGAACCCGGGGCUGGCAGCCAUGCUCAGCCCAGGACACCCGCCGAGUCCCCUCCGUGGGUGUCUCCAGGGAGUCUCCUGGCUUCUCUUGUGGUGUUUGGCGGCUCCUCUGGGUUUGCUGCGAGCCGGCGCCAAGGAGGGCUGGGUGCGGCUGUUAAGGCUGAGGACCCGAGGUCCUGAGUGGGGAGAGGCUCAGCGCUGGAGAGCUGAUCCCAGGGGCUUCCUUCCAGAGCCAGGGGAGCCCGCCUGUGCACCCCACCUCAGCCCCGCACACCCCUUCCUGGCUGAAGACAUCUAAGGGGCCCUCCCCAGCCUCCCUCUGUGCCCCAACCCGCCUGUCAGGAGAGGCCCCACCGGCUUCCUCCAGGGCGUCCCCCUGGGUCCGAAGGCGGACUCAGACACGGACCCCUGCUCAGGCUGGUGCGCCCGAUGAGACGGCUGCCCUCCAGCUGGAUGCUGGAGCGCCUGGGGGGGAGCUGGGGCAGUGCCACGGGGCCUCUGCUCCCUGCAGCGGGUCUCCUGCCUGAGGUGGUGCCGCACAUGUGGGGGUGCUGUGCCCUCUGCCGCUGGCCGCACCGCUGCCCCACACAGACCCGAGCUGCAGUUGAAAAGGUAUGGUUUGGAGCCGCAGCACCUGGUUAGGACCUGGCCAGCUGCCAACCGUGGAGAGCUUCAGUGUCAUGCCCCCUUCAGAGCCAUGGGGGCUGCAGGCAGCGCUUGGCCCAGAGUCACCCCGCCGGUGUCCCCGGUGGUGGCCGUGACAAAGCCCACAGACAGGUGCCUUAAACAUAACGGAGACCUGCUCCCUCGGUGGCGGCAUCUGCUGAGGGCAUUUUUGAUGCCAGCAGAAACUCAAGUCAGGGUGUUCGCAGGGCCUCGCCCCCUCCACAGGCUCCGAGAGAGGAUCCUCCGGCCUCGCGGUGGCCGAGCUCCACGUGCUCCUGGCUGUGGGUGUGUCACUUUGAGCCCGGCUUGUGUCACCCAGCCUCUCCCAGUGUCUGUGUGCAGAGUCCCCUCUUCCUCUGAGGACCCCAGGCCCCGCUCCGUGUGACCACACCUUAGCGAGCUGCCUUUAGGGACCCAGGCUAGCAUCCCUGCCCUGCUGCUGAGGCCUCAGCCUGUGGGUGUCCAUGCAGGUCUCUGCAUCCAGCGCCCAGACCGGGGCACCCACGCCUCUCCUGGGCCUCCUGUGCUGGUUCCGGGACACUGCGGCUUGAUGUGGCUUUGACACAGCUCACCUCUCGGGCCCCGUGGCCCGCAGAGUACGUGGCGUGGAGUGCUCCUUUGGGCUCGCCAGUCCUCCUCGGUUUCCCCCUCAAUUCACACGAGCGGUGAGGAAGCUGCAGGCUGCACUUCCCACGCUUCACUUGGAAAUCUCAGCCCAGUGUCCCGCGUCUCCCUCCAGCCCUGCUCGCCCCAGCAGAGCUCAUCUCUGCUGCUCUUUCAGCGGUCGCCUUGCAGUCGUUUCCCGUGGCGCUGCAACAGGCCUCACCAGAAGGGCCUUUUUGGUCAUGUUUCUCCCAGUAGUCUCCCCAGGGCAAACCCGGCUUUCACGAGCACGCAGCUCAGAACGUUCCAGUCCUCCCCUCCCCCAGCGCCACAACCACAGCCGUGUUUCUGGGGAAGGUGUUUGCUCCGGUGGCACCCUCCGCCCGCGCUGCAGUCCACUGCCGUCCUGCGGGGCCAUGGCAAAGCCCACUUGCCAGGUGGCAGAGCUGUAGGCCCUGCUCCUGGCCCUGCAGGCCGGGUCUGUGAUGGAGGGCGGGGCGGGGCUUCAGGCGAGUCCCUCCCCCAUCUUCCAGCUCCGCUCUGCUUCCUGUGUCUGGUACCACCCUCCCUCUGACCCGUACACCAGUCUAUUAGGUUAGGUCCCACGUCGCUCCCAGACCUCGCCUUCCCUACCGACAUCCGCAGGUCAGGUCACAUUCUGAGGUCCUGGGAUCAAGACGUGGGCAUGUCUCAUGGGGACACGGUGGCUUGGCUCUUGGGUGCUGCUGACUGAGGGGAGGGAACUGGAAGCCCACCGGGUGCUCGUCUGGCUGCCACUGCAGCUGCCACCUGCCGGGUGGGAACUGGAGCCCUUCCCCGCCUGCUCCCGGGUUGUAAAGCCUGGUCCAGUGGGACCCGCCAAACGACCUGCG